AACGCUGUCCGCGCAAUUGUCAUUGUCACAUCCCACUUUAAUGGCGUGCAAGGUUUGGCAGUGAACUUGUCAAAUCAAAAUAAAUCGGUUUUCCUAAAGUUUUUUAAAUAGAAAAUGUAAUUGUACUUCGAAAUCGGUUUCCUAAUAUUAAACCAUGGCAGCGGCUGUCGACCCUAUCAGUUCGGAAAAAGCUUGGAUUGAGUUUUGUGAAAGACAUGCAGUAGCUGCUGCACAAGACUUUUCCAAAAGUUGUCAUAACUAUAUAAAUAUGUGCUUACCGGAGAGUACCCGAAAUUUAGUUAACCACAAAGACCUCAUGAAAAAAUUUAUCGAACUUUUCUCAGAGGAGUUUGAUAGAGAUUUCAAUCGAAAAAGAUUGGGAGGCAACAAGUGUAUCAAUGGUUUAACUGGGAUUAGCAUCGAUGACAGUUUUGAUGCAGAAGAGGGCAGCCCCAAAAUGAGCCAUAAACCAUUCUUUAGGCGGCUAAGUUUUAAAAUGCUGAGGAAAAGUAAAGAUCUGUUCCACAAGCAUUCUGAUGAAGAUUCUGUGUCAAAUAAUAAAACAAAGCUGGCGAAAAUAGUGGUUGAGUGUCGAAAGGAAGGGAUUGUCAAUUAUUCAACACCUGAGUGUUUAGAUCAACCUUCUGGCCCUCCAAAGUGGGAACGGUGCCGAUUGCAACUUGUCAAAGCUACCGGAGGAUAUAUGCUAGAAUUUUAUUCGCCACCCAAAAAUCCCAAGCCUCGUAGUGGAGUAUUUUGUGCUCUGAUCACUGAAGCCAGGGAAACUACAGCUUUGGAAAUGCCUGAUCAUGAAAACACGUUUGUUCUAAAAGCCAGCAACAAUAUGGAAUUUGUUAUAGAAGCUCACGAUACAGAUGAUAUGAGAUCCUGGCUGGCAACGAUCAAAUAUUGCAUGAGAUUGGGACCAUCGACAACUGAGGCACGAGGUACAGAUGAUCAAGGAAAUGUUCCUGAUUUACCUCCAAGACAUGCUCCUGGAGCCAGGGGUGCUGACAGGUUAUCGUCUAGCUCCAAUUUUGAUAUAUGCCCUAGUGGAGAUGCUCAUCCUACAGAGUCCGAUAUAGGACAGACGCUUAGAAAGGAGUUUUGGUUCCAUGGCAUGUUACCAAGAUCUGAAGCUACGCAACAGGUUUUGCAUGAAGGUGUCGGAGGACAUGGCAAUUUCUUAGUGAGGCAGAGUGAGACCAGAACUGGAGAAUUCGUAUUAACGUUUAAUUUCCAGGGUAGAGCAAAGCAUCUGAGGAUGACAAUAAAUGAAAAUGGUCAAUGUCGAUUACAGCACUAUUGGUUUUCUUCAAUAUAUGAUAUGUUAGAAAAUUUCCGGUCACAUCCGAUACCCUUAGAGAGUGGUGGAAAUUCUGAUGUUACUUUGACUGAUUACAUUUUAAAUCCUACUGCGCGACAGCAGCUACAAAAUUCUGGCACACUGAGUAAUGUGUCCUCACCGAAUAAUACUUUGAAUGCUUCUGGACAAACAGGUGCGACGAACAAUGGAGAAUCAACUGGAGUCACUCGGCGGGCUCCUAUGCCUGUUCCUGAAGUCAGACAAGUGGUGUCGUACGGUGGCAGUAUAAGAAACUCCGAUAUUGCAAUCGAGCAAGUGGAAGCGACGAAUCGAGCAGUUGAGAACCAAUACAGUUUCGUUUAACAUUCUUAAUGGUUAUUUUUAAAUAUUCCUUUUAAGUCCAUUGCACAUUUGGGAGCUAAUUAACGAACUGGCUUUACUUUGUGAGUCGACUAUUAUAUCAGUAUUAUAUUAUAUUCCCAUGAUAUAAUUAUAUCAAAUGACAAUGGGAAGUUCUCCAUGUCACCAUCUUAGAUAGCUAUAUUUUUCUUAAUUCAUCAGUCAUUUUAAAUAAUAAAGUGAAAACAGUGAUUUACUUCUAACUUUUAAAACGCUCAGACGUUGUUCAAGUGGUUUUAUUGAAAUUAAGUAGGCACUUACAUGUACUUAAUUAUUAAUUUACUGUUGAAAUAAUUAUUUGCGAAGUAAAAUCAAUUAUAUUUUAAAUCAAUUAGUAUUUCACUUUUAUAUACUUUCGAAUCUUUACUAUAAUUAAUUGUGAAUAAAAUAAUUGUGAAAACUGUACUGUUUCUUGUAA